GUGAUUCCAGGGUUAGGGUUUUUAGGGUUUGCUUAUAAGAUCUCACAGUCUCUUAUUUUGUACUUGGUAUUUGAAACGGGAGAGACGGCCUAGCGGAAGAGGCAACAUGGUUCACGUCUCGUUUUACCGCAACUAUGGGAAGACAUUUAAGAAGCCCCGUCGUCCCUAUGAGAAGGAGCGUCUGGAUGCUGAGCUGAGGCUUGUCGGAGAGUAUGGGUUACGGUGCAAGAGGGAGCUGUGGAGAGUUCAAUAUGCCUUGAGUCGCAUCCGUAAUGCUGCAAGGGAGCUUCUGACCCUUGAUGAGAAGAACCCACGUCGGAUAUUUGAGGGUGAGGCUCUUCUUCGCAGGAUGAACCGCUUUGGGCUUUUGGAUGAGAGCCAGAACAAGCUCGAUUAUGUUUUGGCCUUGACUGUUGAGAACUUCCUUGAGCGCCGCUUGCAAACCCAUGUAUUCAAGAUGGGCAUGGCCAAGUCUAUCCACCAUGCCCGUGUGCUUAUCAGGCAGAGGCAUAUCAGGGUUGGUAGGCAGGUGGUGAACAUCCCAUCUUUCAUGGUUCGGGUUGAUUCACAGAAGCACAUUGAUUUCUCACUCACAAGUCCAUUUGGUGGUGGUCGCCCUGGAAGAGUGAAGAGAAGGAACCAGAAGGCAGCUGCUAAGAAAGCUGCUGGUGGAGAUGGAGAUGAAGAAGACGAGGAUUAAGUGGCAAUUUAUUAUCUUUUGCUGGUAGUAGUUGGAUUGUUAUCACAUCUAAUAUUUAUCACCACAGUGCACCAGGCUAGUUUUGUCAAAUUACUGCAAUUUUCUUUUUAAGUUGAGGAGAAGUUUCUUGUUAUGGAUCUUGAAUAUUUUUAUUUUAGCUCGACAUGAUAUUAUCUUAAAAUUAAAGUUUCCAUGAAAAAGAACCGUGUUUUUUUGUGUUAGUAAA